UACAGCCACACUUUCUCCUUUUUAUCUCUGUGCCCAAUUUUGGAGCCAGCCCUCCCUUGGAUGCCCCGGCCAAUCAAGAGACCACACAUUGUUGCCUAAGAGACCCCGGAUGCCAGCGACAGGAUUUAUAGAUAGUGAUUGGACAGACUGCUGGAAGCGGUGAGGUGGGGGCUGGAAGGAGUCACAGAAAGCUGCCCUAGUGCAACGAUGGCAACCCCAGAGCCAGAGGCUUGAAGGAGGAGGCCAGCUACUGAGGAACAUAAAGUGUAAUGAUGGGCAGUCAUUAAAAGGAAAAGAAGUCCUGUGGAAGUACCAGCAACCUGUAUCUCUGGAAUAAGGUGUAAUCUUUCUGAUGGAAGAAUACCAGGUCAUUUCAUGAUGGCAUUUGCACCUCCAAAAAGCACUGAUGGCCCCAAAAUGCAGACAAAGAUGAGCACCUGGACACCCCUAAACCAUCAGCUGCUGAAUGACCAGGUGUUUGAAGAACGAAGAGCUCUGCUUGGAAAAUGGUUCGACAAAUGGACAGACUCUCAAAGGAGAAGAAUUCUUACAGGCCUGCUGGAGCGUUGCUCCCUGUCCCAGCAGAAGUUCUGUUGUCGAAAGCUGCAGGAGAAAAUCCCCGCGGAGGCCCUGGAUUUUACUACCAAGCUCCCCAGGGUGUUAUCUGUCUAUAUCUUUUCCUUCUUGGACCCCCGGAGCCUCUGUCGCUGUGCACAGGUGAGCUGGUACUGGAAGAGCUUGGCCGAGUUGGACCAGCUGUGGAUGCUCAAGUGUCUGCGCUUUAACUGGUACAUCAGCUUCUCCCCGACGCCAUUUGAGCAGGGCGUCUGGAAAAAGCACUACAUUCAAAUGGUGAGAGAACUUCACAUCAGCAAACCCAAGACACCUCCAAAGGAUGGAUUCAUCAUUGCCGAUGUUCAGCCCGUUUCCGGCAGUUCUCUAGAGGAAAAGUCAUCGCCUUCGUUAGCUUUGCGGUCCUCCUCCGCCUUAAGAAAGAAGACUAACCCAGGAGAGAAAGAGCUUCCACCGUGGCGAUCAUCGGAUAAGCAUCCCACUGACAUCAUCCGCUUUAAUUAUCUAGACAACUGUGACCCUGAGCACUUCUGGAAAGGAAGAAGAAAAAGAAACGAAGUGACCCCAGACUUCAAGCGGCAGUUGCGAGAUAAGAAAAACAGGCUUGAGGAGAAAGCCAGGCUCAGGAAAGCACAGUCACUGAUGUCCCUGAGUUCCCAUCCAACAGUUCCAGUUCGUCUCGCCUGGCCUCUUCAUCUGCCAGCGGGACCCUCAGAUCCUGAAGCAGCAGCUACGAUUCUCAUGGAGCACUUUCCGAAACACCCUGGGCUUCAGUCAUCCCCCUCAGGGGCGCCAGAGUUGAAGCUGACUUAAGGAUGGGAAAGGACUUUUCUAGAAAUGGCAAGGUAUUCUUCACAGAUGAGAGUUGGAUUCCAGCUAGUCCUCCAUUAAACUCUUUUGGUUUAAGUA